AUGACUGACAGGGCAACUAGUACUCCUCAAACAAGCUUCUUGUGCCGGCCUGUGCCCAACAACUCAUGGUUCUGCUCAGCCUUGGUCGCGCAGUACAUGUCGGAUGAGGGAAGUGCGGGAGAUUCUAGACAAGUUCUCAUCAACCAGGUGAAAAGCCACCAGAAAGCUUCCGCUGCGUUCCAAAAAGCAUGGCAUGCGUACUGCGAUGAGCAUGGGGACGGCAUCUAUGAUCCGGCAAGGCACAAGAUCCAACUGCUGGAGGAGUUUUUGAAGACGGCUGCAUCGAAGACUGCAGGCUCCAAGCGCAAAAAGAAACAGGCAUCGGUCUCAGAAUCUGCCACAAGUCGCAGCCGCAGCAGAACGAGAAGACGACGAAGACAUGCAAAAGGCAGGCGUCGAGCACACGGACGCAGGCACAGGCGAGAACGUCGACGAAGAGACCAUCGAGGGCGAAGACGCCGCAAAGGACGCAGAAAGAGGUCGCGGUCGCGGUCACAAAGCUCUGGAAGUUCUGCGAUGUCUGGCCUUCCUUCGCGUGCGACAGCAAUCAAGGGAGCAGAGCGGGCUGUGGCGUCUGCGGCCGAAGCGCUGAAUCGAUUGAAAGCCAAUCCGGAUGCAGCCAUCGAUGAACCGGCAUUGCAAGGAAAGCAGAAGGAAGAGAUGGACGUGGCCCUUCGAGCUCUCCAAAGUGAAGCUGAUUCAGAGCUGGAGGCACAGUUACAGGAAGUGAAAGACAGGCUGGCUCGAGAGAAGGCCUCGCGCUUGGUGGAAGCGGAGGAGAAAUUGGAGCAGGCCAUCGCCGAGCGCCUGAAAGAGGCCGAAGACAAACUUCGACAAGAGGCCCAAGGAAGACUCGAUGGUGCCAAAAAGCUGGCAGAGGCAAAGCUCGAAGCGAUCAUGGCAGAGGCUCGACCAAAGAUUGAGGCCUCCUGGGCAGACCAGCUCCAGGACUUGGAGGCGAAGGCAACGGCGGCCCGUGCAGCAGCUGGCGUCAGCAAGAAGAAAUAG